UGGGUUGCUGUUUGCUGCAACCACACGCUGAACGCUGGUCGCCAGGGAGCUACUUGCCCCCGGCGAGGUGGGCUGCGCGCGGAGCUGGGACCGCCGCAGCUGCUGGUAUCCCGGGGCCUGGGCAUCCUGUUCUGCAGAUUAGAACCGUGGAUGCAAUCUGUGCCCCCACCGGAGGCCCCGACCAAGUGGGAAAAAAGCGGGGGGAAGGGUCGCCGGAGGUUGUAUCCGCCGCCAUCAGGCCAAGAUGUCCAGCCUUAUAGGAGUGGCCUUUGCAUGCGACUUUACUUUUUGAAGUCUAAGAUUUGUGAUCUGCGAAAUGAAUUUAAUCAGAGAGACUUCAGGGGGCCGUGGAGAUGAGUAGAUGACACCAUGUUUGCAAAAGUCUUUGCACGAGAGAGCCCUGCAGACCGGGCCUGGUGGACAGAGCACACCUGCCGUCACCCCAGACCACGGGCACCGUGAGGAGCUGGCCAUCAGUGGAAUGCAGACCCUCCACCUUCAGCACCACCACUCCAGCAGCCACAGGGUGAAGGCCAGGGCGUCCUACGUGGAUGAGACCCUGUUUGGCAGCCCGGCAGGCACCCGCCCUACCCUGCCAGACUUUGACCCACCCUGGGUGCAGAAUUCUAACAGAACCAGAGGAGUGGGCAGGGGAACAUCGAAGGCCUCUCUGGCCAAGGGAGACUGCUGUAAGAACACCCUCUCCAGGGGCAGCACCCCAACCCUCACGCCAAGGAAGAAGAACAAAUACAGAUUGAUCAGCCACACCCCAUCUUACUGUGACGAGUCGCUGUUUGGCUUCCGGCAGGAGAGAGCCAACGGGGAAGUGUCUCAGAUGGCCACAGGAGAUGCUGCCAGGCUCCAAGCGCUUUUCUGGACACCACCGGCCACCCCCAAGGGUGGCCACUCACCCCGCCUCAGAGAGACCCCAAUGCGAGCAGUUCACCCAACUGAGCCCUCCCAGACAGAGACCAGGGUGACAGCAAGCUCUGGAAAGUUGUCUGAAAAUGGGUUAGAUGCUGUACACCCUCCGAGGCGAGAGCGGUCCACCUCACUCACCCACCUUAAUAUCCCUAGCAAGAGUCAUUAUCCAGCCACCUGUGCCCACCACACCAGUGGGCCUCAGCAUCCCAGGCCUUCCACAUCAGGGAUGACCUUCCAGAGCCGGGUCACUCCCCGGGCUCGCUCAGGCAGUAUAUCAGUGCCAUCUGUCACCCAGCAAGGGGGAGUGCCUCCCAAACCAAAGCCCCCUUGGAAGUGAGAUUCUCAUCCAGUUAGCCUUGGCUCACAAGGUAUAGCCCUGCUCGGGUGCUCUCAGGAGACCAGCAUCUGUGGGGCUCCUAGGCACUCAGGAAGCCCCUCUGGUGCUCCAUGGCAGGGUGGGCAGUACCUCUUUGUCCCCAUGAGCUCUGAAUGUCCUGUGACUCCUCCCUGCAGGGGAUUUGGGCUCCCUGAAAUAUCUCUGUGGCCCUGUCUCUAUCACACUGCAUCAGUGCCAACUCCUGCCCCCCCGACUCAUGUGCCCAACACAAAUUGCCCACUGGAAGUGUGCCCCUACCCACACCAGCCUCCCCAGUCAGGAUUUGGUUUCCACCCAAGUUUGGAGGGCUCAGAGCAAUCUUCUGGACUGAAGGUGACCACAAAGGACAGGAAGGUACCCAGGUGGUUCAUGGGCAAACAUUUGUCGUCAUGAUAUCAGACUAUUUGUUGCUAUGUAUUAAAUGACAGCUCAUCCAAGGCGUGUGCAUGACUGACUUCCCUUAGGUAAAGGCCAGUGUUAAGCAUGAGUUGAUUUAAAUCACAAAGUUAAUAGGCCAACAGGUGGUUUAAGGAUGUGGCCGAAAUGACAAUGGUGAAUGCACUACUGAACUCUGAGGACAUCAGCCUCAAAUAACAGUGGUCACUGUUCAACUAGCCCCACCCAGUAGCAGUGAGCUGGUUUUCCUAGCUUUGAAAAUGCAGUUAUAUUGGUGUGUUAGCAAUGGUUAGGCCCAGCAGCGGAGGCAGCCAGUCUACAAAUGCUAGACCAGAGCCUGGGCUGCUGUUGUUGGACCCUUGGUCAGGUAUACAGGACUGCAACUGGAAUCCCAGAGCCUGCUUUGGGCAAGGGGACUGGGCUUUGUGCCUCUCCUUGCCCACCGUCCUCUCCUAGGCAUCCCAGGAAGUACAGAAGGGAAAGCUCACCGUUGCUUUGAGGCCUCAGUCCUGGAAGGGGAGGAUAAACCCUCUGGGGGAUGAUGUUCUGGCAAGGGCACACAUGUAAGGUCAGACAGCCAUGAGGGAAGCAGGCUAGCUAUACUCAGCACAGACACUUUGUACAUAUGGGAUAUUCAAACAUCUACAACUUCAUGAAUUAAUUCCUUUCCCCAGUUUUUCUCAGAACCUCUCAUAUAUGUGUGUCACCCUUUCCCCAGUUUGGGUCAGAAAUGCAGAAACACUUCUUUCUCCUCCCAGUGUGAUGCUGUGGGGUAGCUGAUGCCAGCCCAUGGUUCUGGAAGACAAUAGGAAAGUGAACAGGGAAACCUGUAAUGUACCAUUUAUAGGCUGCAGAGAGGGGCCGGCUGGUUGUGGUGGAACAUCCUUGUAAGCCCAGCGUUGGAGAGGCAGAAGGAUUGCCUUCAGUUGGAGGCCAGCUUGGGCUACAUAGGGAUACUCAGUCUCAAAAAUUAGUCAAACGGGCUGGAAAGAUUGUUUAGUGGUUAAGGUGCUUGCCUGCAAAGCCCAAGGACCCAGGUUUGAUUCCCCAGUGCCUAUGUAAGCCAGAUGCACAUCAUGGGGCAUGUAUCGAGUUGUUUUGCAGUGAUUAAAGAUCCUAGCACUCCCA